AUCGUCCUGGCGCAUGGCCGGUGGGGAGACACGUCAAAGUCACGGAGAGCCGCCGUCGAGAAAAAUCCGUUCGGCCACACGAUGAGGUGCGACUGGACGGUACUGCUACGCGGGAACGUCUCGCGAAUCCGCGGAUGAAGGAAAGAGAAAGAUAGUGAAAAUUGUUGCGCGAGUGUAAUCCCCGAGCGAGCGAGCGAGUUAACAUGAUCAGCGGCAUUCAGAUCGCCUUGAAGAAUGCCAUUGACGUGAUAGCGCCGCCGGCAACACCCCUGCAAGAUUUCACCUAUCACUGGAAACAGCUGAUGAACUUCUAUGUGAGUCAUCUGACUGACUGUAAGGUGCCUGUACAAAACACUAGCAUACCCCGGCACCUGGAUGUACUACUGGAUAUUUUAUUGCAAGAGGAGAAGGAAGAGACCGAACCUGGACCCUGCCUGGAAUAUCUUCUACAACACAAACUCCUGGAUCUUCUGGCGACCUUGGCCAGCGCGGAGACACCGCCUGGCAUGCGAACGGUCUGCCUCGCUUUUCUGAGAAAGUUUUUGGGUAGAUCGAAAUAUCCCUUGCUGCAUCACGCGUCUAUCUACGCACCGAUACAACGGCUAGUGAUACUCUGCAACGGCAACCCACCGUCGCCAAUCGAGGCUGAAGAGGUGCAAUUUCUGUUAACAAUCUGCUUCCUGGUAUGCAAAUACCCUCAUGUGACCAACAUUAUUAAUGACGCGCCAGUUGUGCAGGCAGUCAGCAAUCCCGCCAAGAAAGAUAACGAAAGAACAGAAAUCCAGAGGGUGACGUAUGUCCCGACUAGAAAAAAGAAUAAUUCUAAUCCUCUGUUUGAGCCCUUGGAUACCCAAGCGAUCACGUUGAUCAAUCCGAAUCUCUUUCAUAAGGAACGCCGAAGAGUACCACGCACGAAUCAUGUUUUCAAGGCGACCGCGUCAGAUCCUGGACAUUUAUCCGGAAGAUCGAACGAGUCCGUGUCCUCGAGGGAGGAGAGCGUCUCGUCCAGUCCCCUGGCUCAAAAAUCCAUUUGUGAUUCACCCUCGUUGGAUACAAAGAGCAGCGAACAGUGGGAGGAAAAGGGCGAGGGAGACUCCUCAGAGAGUAAGAUCGACGAACACUUGCAAAACUUGCGGGACUUGCGAUUAAAUGCCGAUUGCAAUGUCUAUGACGACGCGAGUUACGUGGCGGGUGAUAAUGAUCAGAGUUUAAAAUCGCCGAAGAAGUCAGAGAAGUCAAAGUGUCUCUUACUUGACGCCCUGAUGAGCUAUUUAAACAGCGCGGACAAUACCGUGAGGAUACGAGCAUGCGAGGGAAUAAUGGUCCUGGCGUCCUUGGACGACCCUUCGUUUGCGCAAACAGUGGCCAGGAGCGAACUUUCAUCGAUAGUCUCGAAUCGUUUGGAGAACCUGUUCAAUGCCAUUCCGGCGCACGUUGAUCACUUGGAUAUCUAUAAUGUGGACGUCACGUGGGGCUUGGACUCGCCACUGUGGACCCAGGAAAAGAAGUUUCCCGGUUGCCGGCAAGUGGCGGCGUUCUUUAUGUGGUACGACUACUGUGAUCAGCUGAUCAGGGAGGCUCAAAUGGAACUCGCCGAGACGCUGGCGAGGACUAUUCGAGUGAUGUUCUUCGAGAGGAUAGUAACGUCCGCCCUGGCUGAUCAUCAUGUCGUACUUAUCACUGCUCUUGUCGCGAAGUGCUUGAAGGAGACGACCUCUUCUAUAUUGUGCACAGAGCUGAGUUAUUGGCUGGUUGGCCAAGACAGAGAUCCGGAAAUACCAAACGUGUGGACGUCUCCAGUAUUGCAUAGAUUAAUAGAGAAUUGUUUCACAGACAGUAACGAUCUUACGGUAGAAACAUUGAAAUUAUUUGACGAGGCAAUAGACAAAAGAAACGAACACAUAUUGCAUUGCCUUUUACUAAUUUAUCUGUCAACGCGAGCGUACUACGAUAACACUGCUGCCGAUAGUGCUAUCGCUUCAUGGAGCGAUGAGGAGGAUGAAAGAGAGAAAGAGAAGAAAGGAUCUCUGGAUCUUUCCUAUGAGCAAAAUCAUAGCCGUACUUUGGCACCGAGUAAUAUUCAUCGAGUUAUUAAUUGUUUCCUGUCAUUGAUACCACGUUACUUGCAAACGGAUCCGGAUGUGAAUAACUACGAAAAAUACAUGCCGGCUUGGGAACAGCAAUACACCUCGGUGCUUUCCGACUGCGCUUUGAUGGCGUGGCCGUUAGAGGCCGUGAUGGUAGACGACUCCGCGAGUUCUGAUUCACGGCCGGAAGCCGAUCAUUGCUCGGGUCGAUUCUACAUGGGACCAUUCCUGAGCAUGCUCUUUGACAAAGUCAGCAACAUGCCGAAACAGACAUACGAGAUCAACUUAGAAGUCACAGGGUUAAUCUCUAGAUUGGCGCUACUCCCGCACCCGUACCUGCACGAGUUUCUGCUGAAUCCUCUACUACCUCUGAUACCCGGCACGAAGAGUCUCUUUUCGUGCUUACAGAAAGUUGUCAAACAGCUCGUUAGCGAAAUACCAAAAACACCGGAGAAUAAGAUAAUGCUGGCGGAGACAAGGCAGAGAUUGCUGAGCAAUUGUCCUCAAGAAGAGGAGCUGGAGAACAUUCUAUAUGAAAGCGCUGUAGUAAUGGAAGAAUUUUGCAAGGAUCUCGCAGCCAUAGCAUACGUUAAGUAUCAUCAUUCUGUUUAACAAACUUUUAAAAAUAUGAGAUGUUUGUUAAAUAGAAUGAUAAUAUUUGUAUAAUUCAUCUUAAAUAUUAAUAUAUCAAAAUCACAUAAAACUACCUAUACUUUAAGUAGCAAAUACUUUUUGUGAUGACUUUGUAAGAUACAUAAAUCUAUAAUUAGGUAUAAUACAAAAUAUGUUCAAUUAAACUAUUAUUAUCAUGAACUA